CGGUGCCGGUGUCGGGGCAGCGACGGAGCCUGGGGCAUGGCAGGCCUGGGCUCCCCGGAACCGGGCACAGGCCCCGGUCCCGUUCCGGCCACUCGCGUGGAGCUCACGGUGUCCUGCAGGCAGCUCCUGGACAGGGACACCUUCUCCAAGUCAGACCCACUCUGUGUGCUGUACACGCAGCGCCCUGGCAGCCAUCUGUGGCGGGAGUUUGGCCGGACUGAGGUCAUCGACAAUUCCCUGAAUCCUGACUUCCUGCACAAGUUUGUACUUGAUUAUUGCUUUGAGGAGCGGCAGAACCUGCGCUUCGACCUGUAUGAUGUAGACUCCAAGACCCCUGACCUCUCCAAGCAUGAUUUCCUGGGCCAGGCAUUCUGCACCCUGGGGGAGAUAGUAGGCUCAGCUGGCAGCCGCCUGGAGAAGCCCCUGAUGAUGGGGACAGCCACCAUGGACAGUCGGGGCAGGAGACCUGCCCCAGCCACCUCGAAUGGUAGUGGCAUUCUGGGGAAGAAGUGCGGUACCAUCAUACUCCUUGCUGAAGAGCUGGGAAACUGCCGGGACGUGGCCACACUCCAGUUCUGUGCCAACAAGCUGGAUAAGAAGGAUUUCUUUGGAAAAUCUGACCCCUUCAUGGUCUUCUACCGCAGCAACGAAGAUGGGACUUUCACCAUCUGCCACAAGACAGAAGUGGUCCGGAACACACUGAACCCUGUCUGGGCAGCCUUUGCCAUUCCUGUGCGUAUCCUCUGCAAUGGGGACCAUGACCGAGCCAUCAAAGUGGAGGUUUAUGACUGGGACCGUGAUGGCAGCCACGACUUCAUCGGAGAGUUCACCACCAGCUACCGGGAACUGGCGCAAGGCCAGAGCCACUUAAACGUGUACGAGGUGGUGAACCCCCGGAAGAAGAUGAAGAAGAAGAAGUACCUGAACUCAGGGACAGUGACACUGCUGUCCUUCGCUGUGGAGGCCGAGCACACCUUCCUGGACUACAUCAGGGGCGGGACCCAACUCAACUUCACAGUGGCCAUUGACUUCACAGCAUCCAAUGGGAACCCCUCGCAGCCCACGUCCCUGCACUAUCUGAGCCCCUUCCAGCUGAAUGCCUACAGCCUGGCACUGCAGGCCGUGGGGGACAUCAUCCAGGACUACGACAGUGACAAGAUGUUCCCAGCCCUUGGCUUUGGUGCCAAGGUCCCCCCAGAUGGGCACGUGUCCCAUGAGUUCCCACUGAAUGGGGAUACAUCAAAUCCGGCGUGCCAUGGCAUUGCGGGGGUGCUGGAGGCGUAUCAGCACAGCCUGCGCCGUGUCCAGCUCUACGGCCCCACCAACUUUGCCCCUGUCGUCAACCAUGUUGCCCGCUCAGCGGCCAUGGUCCUGGAUGGGUCCCAGUACUUCGUCCUCCUCAUCAUCACUGAUGGUGUCAUCUCUGACAUGGCACAGACAAAGGAGGCCAUUGUCAAUGCUGCCAAAUUGCCCAUGUCCAUCAUCAUUGUGGGGGUUGGACAGGCUGAGUUCGAUGCCAUGGUGGAGCUGGAUGGCGAUGACAUCCGCAUCUCUUCCCGUGGUAAAGUGGCUGAGCGUGAUAUUGUCCAGUUUGUUCCAUUUCGUGACUACAUGUCGGGGGGUCCUGGCGCAGGGCUGAGCAUGGCAGGACUGGCACGGGAAGUCCUAGCCGAGAUUCCUGACCAGCUCCUCUCUUACAUGAAGGCACAGGGAAUAAAACCUCCCCCCCAUCUGUCCCAUGUCCCCUAAAACCCCCCCACCUUGACUGUCUGCCCCUGACACCCACAACCUUGGUGUCCUCCCCUGAUCUUGGGUCCCCUAUCCAAUCCAGGUUCCCACCACCACACCCAUAAACCAUCUUUUGGGUUUCCCCGGGGGGAUUGGGAUAGUGUUGCCUGAGCAUCCUUGGCCAUGGGACUCCCACCUAUACCUAUCCAAGACUGUCCUGUCCCCCCCAAAAAGGGGCAAGGGGUCUUCACCCUCCUGACCAGAAAGCUGGGGUGCACAGGAGACUCCCCCAAAUGUGGAGUGCCCCCCUAGGGUGAUGCAUGACCCCUCCUAACUUCACUAGCCUUCCUCAAUCCAUGGUUCCUCCCCUCCCAGUUCCUGUGCUGAUCCCAGUGGGGUCCCCAGUGUUUUUGGUGUUCCCCCUUGCUGUGUCACAUGUGUCCAUGUGGAUUUGUAUAGAAUUGCCUUAAAUUGCAAUAAAUUAUUGUGGCUUUAAUUACA